AUGAAGCGUAUAACAGAAUCUGUGAGCCUUAUUCUGACCUUUCUGGCAUUGACUGUAACCAUUUUCUGUUACCAAGGAUACAGUCAACAAUAUGGUCAAGUGGAGUUCCGUAUCAAGGAGCAGAUGCCAUCCGGAACUAACGUAGGCAACAUUCGAGACAAGGCGAGAAUAGCGGACAAAGUGCCUAAGAAUGAGCUGUCUAGUCUUAGUUUUAAGUUUCUGAACCCAAAUAACUUGCUGCAGACAGCAUCUUUAUUCAGUAUCAACAGCGAUAAUGGAGCUAUAUACACAACAGCAAUGAUUGACCGAGAAAGCAUCUGUCAGUUCCAGAAGAACUGCAAUGUAGAGUUCGAAGUCACAGUCACAUCGACCAUCUCCAAGUUCUUUGAGAUCGUCAGCGUCCGGAUUGUUAUCGAAGACAUCAAUGACAACGCUCCGCGGUUUCAAAACGAAGAAGUAACUUUGCAUAUCUCAGAGUCCGUUAAUGUUAACAGUGAGUUCAGAAUUGCUGGGGCAACCGACAAAGACAACGACGACGAGAAUUCUGUACGUAAAUAUGAAAUGAAAUCUGAGUACAACGAUAUGUUUGAGCUGAAAUCUGAAAUGAAGUUAGACUGGACAUGGGAUUUGUCUAUUGUGGUUCUGAAGCCGUUGGAUAGAGAGACGAAAGAUCAUUAUGUACUGUGUAUCAUAGCCAAAGACAACGGAAAUCCGCCUAGAUCAGGGAAUGUUACGGUACACAUCAAUGUUACAGAUACAAAUGACAACCCUCCUGUAUUUACAGAAAACACAUACGAAGUAUCUGUGGGCGCUGUUGUGGGGCAGGUAAAGGCCCUAGAUGCCGACAUCAACAUGAACGGCGAAGUCACGUACAAGUUCAGUCCGACCAGAAGCUCUCAGAUAGAAGACCUGUUCUACAUUGACACGCUGAGUGGGGAGGUCAAGGUCAAGAAUCCGCUCCAGUACGAGGCUGGAAAGAGUUUUGAGACUAUAGUUGUGGCUAGCGACAGGGGGAAUCCCCCAAGGGCUUCACAAGCCAUUCUCAUCAUUAACGUCAUCGACGUAGGAAACACACCGCCAAGGAUCUCUGUCAACCCGGUACCAAACCCCGAAGGAAACAUUCUGUUUCUUACAGAGGCGUCGCCCCUGGAGACGGUGGUGGCCCAUGUCAGGACAGACGACAGGGACACAGGUCUCAACGGGGUGGUGGACUGCUCAAGCCGGUCACCCAAAUUCAAAGUCCGCAGGUUUGAGGGUAGUGGGUUUUUGGUGGAAAUCUCUAAACCCUUAGAUCGAGAGACUGAAGAAGAGUUAAACGUUACUAUUGUCUGCGAAGACAGAGGCGUUCCCAAACUCUCCGCUCUGGGCUGGUUUGUUAUAAAACUGACUGACGCAAAUGACAAUGACCCGGUGUUUACCAAAACAAUAUACCGAGCUAAUUUAACAGAGAAUAACAGGAAAGGGGAACGAAUUCUAUACGUGAAAGCUUUUGACAAGGAUAUAGGAGACAACGCAAAUAUACGUUAUUCGUUUUCUGUUGAUGGAGAGGAGCCUUCGUUUAUCAUAGAUCCGGUGACAGGUGAGAUUACUGCCGGCCAAGAAUAUGACAGAGAGACUGUGUCUCAGGUACAAGGGAAAACCUCAGUUAUUGUUGAUAUUAUCGAUCAAAAUGAUAACACUCCGUACUUUACAUCAUCUUUAGAGUUUCAGGUAGCGGAGAAUCUUCCUGCUGGUUCUAGAGUGGACACUCUUGAAGCUAAAGAUAGGGAUGAUGGUCAGAACGCAGAGGUGGUUUUUUAUAUGCCCGAUGACAGCUUCAGAAUGAGUACCAGCAUUCCUUUUGUUGUUUUACCGAAUGGAGUCAUAAAAACCGACAGUAUCCUAGAUAAGGAUAAGCAGUCUUUGUAUACGUUUCCAGUUGUUGUCAAAGACCGAGGAAAGCCACCAAGAUCCUCAUCUGCUACAGCCACUGUUCAUGUCAUUGAUUCCAAUGAUCAUAAGCCAGUUUUUAUUUUUCCGACUAAACAUAACAACACCGUAAGGUUCCGUUCAGAUACUUCUCCUGGUUCCCUUAUUACUAGACUUAUAGCUACCGAUGAAGACGUUGGGAGAAACGCUCGACUCAAGUACAGUAUCGUCUCUGGAAACCACGAGAAAGUUUUCACGAUGCCUGAUCCAAAUUCUGGGGAGAUAAGACUUUCGAAUGAUAGUGAACUGUUGUACGGCGUUCAGACAAAUAUGUUCCGGCUCAACGUGUCAGUCAGAGACCAGGGGAUUCCUGUUUUGGAAACCACCGCUAUGCUGCACAUCCAGAUCGACUACGUUGACGGGUAUGGUCUCCGAAGAUCCAGACCAGAAGAUGACAACCCGGCAUCAGCGCUCGACGAAGACGAUGUUAAGUACAUUAUCAUAGCCGGCGUUAUCGGUGGAAUAACAGUUAUUAUAUCCAUUAUAAUUGUAACAAUAAUCCUGCUCAUGCGCAAACCUGACAACAACCGCACUUCCGGUGUAGCUGGUGUUCAAGAGCAGGGCGACGGGCGCCAUUUUGAAAAACAUUUGUGGCACAGCGUGCCGGUAGAUGAUGUAGUUCCGGCGGAAGUCUGCGAUAAGAAAAUUGGACAUGAUUCUCUCAAGGGCGGCGGCGGAGGAUGUGGUGUCAGUGGUGGAUGUACUCUGGAUCCCAAGCCCAAUAAUGGAGGACUCAUAUCAAACUCUAAUCAUGAUCUUAUCGACCCCUACAACAGAAAACACAUUUCGGAACCGCUUACGGGACAGCAACAGUUAUACACUUUCAAAAAGGUAAGACCGUCACUGUGUUGUGGUUCUCAACUCUUCACACAAACAAGUCUGUGUAAAUGUAAUUGUCACUGUCGGUUAAGUCAGUCUUUGUGA